UAUUUUUGCGGGUGGGAACUGGAAACUUAGUGUAUACAUUGUGAGAAAAUUAACAAAAAUUAUUAUUAAAUGUUUAAAUGAUUUAACAAAUUUCAUUUUUCACAUACACUCAUUUACGAUUAAUACUGUUCAUGAUGUCCGUGAUCUUAUAGUCUAUCAAUAAUCUUUAUAAAUGCGUAAAUAUGAAUUAAUAAAUUUAAGUUUUCAUAAUGUCAGAUGAUGAUAAACCACCUGCUCCUCCAGUGCGUUUAACAUCCAAUAGGGGAGACAGCGUCGCUGCGAAUAUACCAGUAGAUAUGCGACCGCUGCCAAAGGAACCGGAUUUUGAUGAAAGGAAAAAGAAAAAUAUGAAAAACAAAAUAAAGAUGAAAGAUAACAAAGAUAAACCUAAUAUCAGCUAUCCAACAAACUUUGAACACACGGUUCACGUUGGGUUCGAUACUGUAACGGGAGAAUUCACAGGGAUGCCUGAAGCUUGGGCUAGAUUAUUAAUGUCUAGCAAUAUUAGUAAACAAGAACAAAAGAGAAAUCCGCAAGCAGUAUUAGAUGUUCUGAACUGGUAUGACAAUAGUAGUAAAGAAACAAAAGGUUCUAAGUAUAUGACAACCAUAAGACAAUUCGGUGGUUCAGAUACUUUCAACAGUGGAAUCUUGCCGGUCACAUUUGAACAAGGAAAUAACUUACGUAUUAUGACUGGAACAAAUUUCAGCAUAAGUUCUUCUCGUAAUCAAGUAAUAUCACAAAAUUCUGGUAGUUUACACUCACAACAUUCUUCCAGCAGAAUUAGUAGCAGCAGUCCUAGUAGCACACCAACAGAUGCUUGUGCAACGAGUUCUGAACAAGAGGAUGAACCACCACCUCCAAUAAGUAUAAGACCGGAGCGUACGAAAUCUAUCUAUACAAAGCCUGUAGAUGGAGAGGAUACGCUAUCAUCAUCCAACAUGAAUUCACCUCAGCGUAAUGGUUUGCCACAACUUCUACAAGCUACGCAGUUAGAUAAAAAUAAAAAUGAAGCAUUAUCAAGCCCAACAACAUUGACCGAUCAGUCACGGUUAGCGCAAACUGAUAAAAUACGUAAAAAGAAAAUGUCGGAUGACGAAAUAUUAGAAAAGUUACGAACAAUCGUCAGUAUUGGAGAUCCUAAUCGUAAAUAUACAAAAAUGGAAAAAAUUGGUCAGGGAGCUUCAGGAACAGUAUAUACAGCUAUCGAAAGUUCUACAGGAAUGGAGGUAGCAAUAAAACAAAUGAACUUAUCCCAACAGCCCAAAAAAGAAUUGAUAAUAAAUGAAAUAUUAGUUAUGAGAGAAAAUAAACAUCCGAAUGUUGUGAACUAUCUGGAUAGUUAUUUGGUAGGAGAAGAACUGUGGGUUGUAAUGGAAUAUUUACCUGGAGGUAGUUUAACAGACGUAGUAACAGAAACCUGUAUGGAUGAAGGCCAAAUAGCAGCAGUAUGUAGAGAAGUACUACAAGCAUUAGAAUUUUUACAUUUCAACCAAGUAAUUCACAGAGACAUUAAGUCAGAUAAUAUUCUUCUUGGCCUUGAUGGAAGUGUAAAGUUAACUGACUUCGGAUUUUGCGCUCAAAUUUCUCCUGAACAAAACAAACGAACAACAAUGGUAGGAACUCCUUAUUGGAUGGCACCAGAGGUAGUGACUCGGAAGCAAUAUGGCCCAAAGGUCGAUAUAUGGUCACUCGGAAUAAUGGCUAUUGAAAUGAUAGAAGGGGAGCCGCCAUAUCUAAAUGAAAAUCCUUUACGAGCACUUUACCUAAUAGCAACAAACGGAAAACCAGAUAUCAAAGAAAAACAUAAAUUAUCGAAUAACUUUCAAGAUUUUUUAGAUAAAUGCUUGGAAGUAGAAGUCGAAAAACGAUAUGCAGCAUCUGAUUUAUUAAAGCACCCUUUCUUAAAAUUAGCAAGGCCAUUAGCUUCGUUAACACCAUUGAUAAUGGCAGCUAAAGAAGCUACAAGGGAAGCUGCAAAAGAAGCUACCAAAGGUCACUAAUAUUUCAUCCUUUUCCAGAACUAUUUCGACUAAAAUGAUCUCAUGAGAUCAUUAUAUAUCAGAUUUUUCAAAACAAAAGAUUGAAGUAAUUUGUAACUACAAUAGAAAAAUUUCAGAUACCUUCAUAUACUGCAAUGGCAUAAUAUAUUUUAGGAUUGAAAUAUUGACAUGUACAAACAAAUAAAUUUUGUAUUGAAUUAUUUUGAAAUAAUCAUUCAAAUCAAAGUAGUUUAAAGUAAGUCAAAGUAAGAGCUGAAGUUAAUUUAAAAAAUGUGAAUGUUAUUUAUUAACGAAAUUAUUUAGUUUCUUACUUAUAUUGUACCAUUCGUUAGAGCAUAUAGAAAACAAGAAAUAAUCAUUAUUUUUUGUUUGCUGAUUGUCAUUUACUAAUAUGAAUUCUGCAAUUGAAGCUGGUAAAAGAAGCUAAUAUCUUUAAUAUCGUCUAAUACUUCUACUUUAUAAGCUAAAAUUUAUAAGGGAAAUUUUGUAUUUCUAGACAAAACAUGAAUUUACUUCGUGCAAAUUCAUUUCGUUUUUCUCUAUUUACUAGCAAACCGUCAUGUCUACUAAAUUUAGCUUUACAUACAUAUAUUUGUCUGAGAAGAGUAAAAACUUUUCGUGUAUAAUGACGAUAAUGCGCACCUUUACGGUGAUGUUACUUAUUUUCUUUGGACAUAAGUUAUUCGUUCUAUUUAGACGGGAAGCUUGUAAUUUAAUUGAGUUUAAUGCAGAAAUAUUCUAUUAUUUACAAAAGUCAGGAAACCAAUGAAAUGGAGUGCUAUGUACUGCACUCUAUAAAUUUUUGCAUUCUUGCAUUUCUCAUCGUUUUAUAAAAAUUUGCCAAAGUAUUUUUCAAUUAUACUAAUUUUACGUUAAGAUACUGUUCUGCACAUUAUAGAAUGUCCAAUAUCGAUCAAGUGACCCAGUUGAAGUCGGAAAAGGUUAACGAGCUUUAACCGAUGCGCGAUAUUUUUUCCGCUAAUGUAAUAUACAUAAUGCUAGUUUAUAUACAUAAAUUUACUGAUUUUUAUAUACUGUAGAUAUUUCUCUGUUUGAACUGUAAAUGCCUUAGAGAUGAAAAAUGUAUGUUUUAUGACG